CGCUAAAAGCUCCAUUCGUAAGCUGAUUCCGUGUACUUAAGACUUAUUUAUUGGUCGGAAGUAAUUAUUAAAUAAUACUAUCGUGAUGCUAAAAUGAAGUUUUCUUUCAUUAUUUUCAAUUGAGAUAUUUUAAGGUCGCAGUAAAUCAGGUUUAGAAGUUUGAUAAAUUUGAAUUAUCGGCCAUUUUGACCGUAGUACUCAUAGAUAAGAGACGAUGUGAGCUUCCUGACUGGAACUUUAUUGUACCGCCAGGAGAUGAAAAACUCGGUAAAAUUUUAGUUGUGUCUCAGACAUUUAAAUAUUAUACAUAAAUGUGUAAAUACUAACGUUAUUCAUUAAUAUUAUACUUAAUAUUAUGAGUGAAAAAAGAAAAAUAACAACAACUGAAGAUGAAAAUGAAGAGUCUAUCGGACCUUCUCCAACGGACGCUAUUGGUCCAAAGAAACAAAGAGUUUUAGAGUAUGAGAAAGUGUAUCUCAAUAAUUUACCUUCUUGCGAAUGCUAUGAAAAAUCAUACAUGCAUCGUGAUAUAAUUACACACAUUGUAGUAACAAAAACAAAUUUUAUUGUGACCGCUAGUUGUGAUGGACAUGUUAAAUUUUGGAAAAAACAAGAUGAACUUAUUGAAUUUGUCAAACAUUUUAGGGCACAUUUAAAGGCAAUUCAAGAUCUUGCAGCGAGUUGCAAUGGAAUUCAUUGUUGUACAAUUAGUACUGAUAAAUGUAUAAAAAUUUUUGACGUUGUAAAUUUUGACAUGAUUAAUAUGAUGAAUCUUGGUUAUAUACCUCAAUGUGCUGAAUGGAUUUAUUCACCGGGAGAUGCUAUAGCUGUUGUUGCAGUUUCUGAUCAAGAAUCUAAUAAAAUAUAUAUUUACGAUGGUCAAGGUUCUGAAACACCUACUCAUAUUUUUGAUACACUGCAUACUAAGCCUAUCGUUGCUCUUAAAUAUAAUCCUAUAUACGACACAUGCAUAUCUGUAGACAAAGCAGGAAUUUUAGAAUAUUGGACUGGACCAAAAACUGAAUAUAAAUUUCCUAAAUGCGUUAAUUUUAAAUCGAAAUUAGAUACAGAUUUAUUUGAAUUUGCUAAAAAUAAAACUUAUCCUUGUGGUUUGGCUAUUUCCAAUGAUGGUAAAAAAUUUGCCUCGUUAAGUGGAGAUAGAAAAGUUCGAGUAUUUAAUUUUAUAACUGGAAAAAUGUCCAGAGUUUAUGAUGAAUCACUACAAAGAUUUACAGAAUUACAACAAACAACACAGCAACUUCCAAACAUGGAAUUUGGUAGAAGAAUGGCAGUUGAAAGAGAAAUGGACAAAACGGAAACGAAUCUAGGUAAUAUAAUUUUCGAUGAAUCAGGAUAUUUGAUAAUGUACAGUACAAUGUUGGGAGUAAAACUCGUAAACAUCCAUACGAAUCGCUGCCUAAAAAUUUUAGCAAAACCAGAAAAUAUUAGACCAAUGCAGCUGGCAUUAUUUCAAGGCAAAGCAAAGAAAACAGCAGCAAUAACAGUCGAAAUGGAAGCUUCGGAAAAUCCAACUUUAGAAAUGAAUCGAUCCGAUCCAACUCUUUUCUGUACUGCACAUAAAAAGAAUCGUUUCUAUAUGUUCACAAGACGCGAACCCGAAGAUACAAAAGGUCCAGAAUGUGAUAGAGAUGUUUUCAAUGAAAAACCUUCAAAAGAAGAUAUUAUUUCGUCUACUGAAACCUCCAAUAUGCAAAAGAUCUUUGACAGUGCUAUCAUUCACACAGCUCUUGGAGACAUUCAUGCCAAUCUUUUUGGAAAAGAAGUUCCUAAGACAGUUGAAAAUUUCUGUGUGCAUGCAAAGAAUGGAUAUUAUAAUAGUCAUAUCUUUCAUCGAGUUAUUAAAGGCUUUAUGAUACAGACUGGUGAUCCAUCUGGCACCGGUACUGGUGGUGAAAGUAUAUGGGGUGGAGAAUUUGAAGAUGAAUUUAAGAAAAAUCUUAAGCACGAUAGACCUUAUACUCUCAGUAUGGCUAAUGCUGGUCCAAAUACAAAUGGAAGUCAGUUUUUCAUUACUUUAAUUCCAACACCUUGGCUAGAUAAUAAACACACAGUGUUUGGUCGAGUUGUAAAAGGGAUGGAAGUAGUCCAAAAUAUUAGUCAGGUUAAAACAAAUCCUAAAACAGACAAACCAUACGAUGAGAUAAGGAUAAUUAGUGUUACGGUGAAAUAAUAAUAAAAAUUGUAAAAACAAUGUAAAUAAAAUGAACUGAUUUUUAUUAAACUAAC